CGCUGCGGGGCCGCCUCCCGCAGCCCGGGGCGCAGGUGGGGGCGGGGGCGGCUCCCCGCGGGCGGGCCCCGGCCGGGAGGGACGUUACGGGCAGCCCCGCGGCGGUGCGGCGCGCAGGGCGGUGUCCGGUGCGAUAUUCUAAAGUUUCAGUCUAUUGGAAAGCUUCAUUAUGUUCCAGUACUUGUCUUGUUUCACAGAGGUUAGAGUAGUCCACGAAGGCGUUCUCCCUGCAACGAUUUCAUUAAAGCACCCAAAAUGUGGAGGGUGGUGGCUAACCUCCUGCCGAGGGCCAAAGUCCCCAGGAGCAGGGUGUGCUGCCUGCAGCCGGCACAGAAGGGCAGGAGCCUGCUCGCCGGGACCACGGCACCGCUGGUCCACGCCACCCAGUCGCUCAGCAUGAACCUGGGGAUACAGAAGGUGGAAGCUUUGGACACGGGUCAUUUUAUCCGUGUGGAGUGGGAGGACGGGAGCGAGAGCCGCUACCCCUGCGUCUGGCUGAGGGACAACUGCCAGUGUCCCCAGUGCUUCCUGCGCUCGGCAAAGGCACGCAGGCUGCUCAUCGAGGACCUGGACGUGAACAUCGUGGUGAAGGAAGUUGCUGUGGCAGAUAGAAGAAAGAUCUCUAUUACGUGGCCUGAUGAACACGCAAGUGAAUAUGAAGCUGAGUGGUUGAAAAAACGGUGCUUCUCUGAAGAAGCCAGAGCAGAAAUGCGGGAAAAUUUAUUUUUACCAGAAUGCCAGCACUGGGGCUCAGACCUGCAGCUUCCCAAACUGCCUUUUGAAGAAGUCAUGUACAACGACGAAAGCACAUACAAGUGGCUGUGCACCCUGAAAAGAGUCGGGAUCGUGCUGCUCACGGGAGCUGCUGCCAGGCAGGGAGAGCUGGUUAAACUUGGCCACAGGAUCGGGUUCCUGCGUCUUACCUUCUAUGGACCAACUUGGCAAGUGCAGGACAAAGCAGAUGCUAACAACGUCGCUUACACCACCGGGAAACUGUGUUUUCACACUGAUUACCCUGUUCUGCAGCAUCCACCUGGGGUUCAGUUUCUCCAUUGUAUAAAGCAAACGGCUGCAGGAGGUGAAAGCCAAGUCGUCGAUGGAUUUCACGUAUCCAGGAUGCUGAAGAAACAAAACCCUCAGGCAUAUCAGAUCCUGACCUCUACUGCUGUAGACUAUACAGAUAUAGGGGUGGACUUCUGUGAUUUUGCUGUGCAAUGUAAACAAAGGAUUAUAGACGUGGAUUCCAGGGGCGAAGCAGUUCGCAUCAAUUAUAAUAAUGCAACAAGAGACACGGUGUUUGACAUACCGGCUGAAAAAGUGAGGCCGUUUUAUGCAGCUCUAAAGGAAUUUGAUGAUUUAUUAAACAGCGCAGAACACAAGUUUACUUACAAGCUGAAACCAGGAGACAUAGUGACAUUUGAUAACUGGCGUGUGCUUCAUGGUCGCCAAAGCUUCCCGUCGGACUCAGAAGUGACUCGUCACCUGGAAGGUGCCUAUGCAGACUGGGAUGUGGUCAUGUCAAGGCUCCGGCUCCUCAGGAAGAGGGUCCUGCAUAGGGACUGAGCUCUCUUCUAACUAGAAUGAGCAAAACAUAGAUUGACUAACCUCAACAACAACAAAAAAGUUUUAAAAUCGUGUUUCCAGAAGCUAACAUCACAUAUAUAUAUAUAUCUCUGUCUGAGUUCCAUAAGCUAAGAAAACUGUUGUUUAUAACAAUUUAACAUUUACCUGUACCCUGGUCUUUCAGUCUGUAAAAGGCAUUGCUACCUCUGUGGGUUCAUUUGUUUUUUAAAAUCAGGGUGCAAAACGUCUUGAAAGUCUUCGCCAGGGUGGCUGGGUAUCACAAUGCCUUCCUUCGCCUCUACAAGCACACCUGCCCUCCCUAGAAAGCUUGGAGGGCAGCAACUAGAAAAAGCUUCAAGUAUUACUUACUAAAGACUUGUUAUGAACAGCACCUUCCUCUGUUUUCUGAGCGGCAUUCUUUAUUGCAUAAAUCAUAACUAAAAUUCACUAUCAAAAUAAACAACCACUGCUGUGGAGUUAUUUUUAUAUACACGCUUCUCCAGGUAGAACUCCACUUUAAUGCAAGAUCUUAUUCAACAGAUGCUGCAUUGUGCCUCUCCCGUGGUACAUGUGAUGACUUUCACAGCCACAAAUAAUUUUUCCAACGUUUCUAAAUCCAUAAGCUCAGAAACAAUAGAGCUACCAGAGAAUGCAUCAUAUUAAUUUUCCGCUGCAUUAGGAAUAGAAAUAAAUCUCAGUGUAGAGGCCACAGAUAGGGUCAGAAAUCCCAUCAGAUGCUGUGCACAGAAGUAAUUAAUAUCUGCAGAACAGACAGACUUUUGAGUAAGGUCAGGAGGAGGAAUGCUGGUGCUGCUCGGUGGCUGGAAACCACCAAGCACAAGAGGUGGUUAUUGGCUCCGCACCUGACAGAGAAGUGGCAACUGACCUCAGAUCCAUUUUUGUUCUACCAAAUAAAAGAGCACACACCUCUGAUAGACUUGGUCUGCAGGGUCUUUCCUUCUAGGUUGCAUUCUGAAUAGAGAUUACGCUAUUAAAAAAAUUACUGCAGCCAAAGUAGUGGGGUUUUUUUCCCCUAUAUUCAUAUGCCAAUUUGAAAGAAAAAGAAUUUUGAAAGUCUUAUUCUUAUACCCAACAGUAUGUCCACAGUUUCUUUUUUACUGUCCUUAUAGGUGCCGAGCUAAUGGGAUGCCCUCUCCCCUGUGCUGCAAGCCUAACAAAAUAACCACACUUCCACCCCCAGAUUGCUCUGUCCCACUCUUCAUUUUCAAACUAUUCCCUGAAAGUCAAAGAAUUCCUAGUCUUUUCAUAGCAGGCUAAAACAACAGAACUGUUACCCCAGAAUUAAAUAACUGCAGAAUUAAAUGUGUCGACACAAAACCCUUCAACAUGAGCGAGGAGCUAACACCAGCUUGCAAACACUUCCACUCAUCAUUUACAGUCAACAGGUAUCUCAGCUGAAUAAUCAAAUAAAAUAAUUAAUAAUAAAACAAAACUAAACUAGCACAGUGUGGUUGAAAUCCAUUCCUCUCUAGUAAAUAGUGAAAUGUUCUUAUCAAAGUUAUGACAUUAAGAUAUAGUGUAACAAAAUUGGAUUUUAGUGGUAAUUUGAUUUCUCGGUGCCUCCUUUAAUAAUUAAUUUUGGGAACAUGGAAAGUAUUUUUUGCCUUUGCUAUAAAAGGGGGAAAAGAUGAGGAAAAGUUAAUGCGUGUAUUCUCUAAGACACCAGCAGUGCUGUGCUUUAACUGUGAUAUUUUCCAUAUAACUAUUGAGUGAAGAUUGCCAUUUAUAAUGUUAAAACCAGACAUCUUGGGAUUUAUACCAAUGGUUAAUAGGGGAGAGAUAUUUUCUGCUUUUAUUCUGUACUUUUCUAAAAACUCUUUUAUUGGCAUUUCUGUUUAUUAAAAACUUUUACGGAACUGA